CCUUUACCUUUAUCUUUUAUGUGGCAGCAAAGUUGGCAUCUGGGUUUAUUGUUUUUAUUUACUGUAGUGUUUACUUCUUAGCCUCUUCUUUUCCUGAAGAUAUUCACACAAGGCAGCAGAGGUUUAGGAUCAGAGAUUUGCUUCUACUGGUUGGACUUCCUUCCCAGUUUGAUGAGCCCCUCACUUCCCUCUACAGCACUGGCAGAAACCACCUGCUUGACUGUUGGUCUCGUCCGCUCAGUGUGGCAGAGCCUGUCAUCGCAUGCAGUAAAAGUCCCCGACUCACCAAGGGAUUGAGACACAUCAACUAUCCUCACCUGGCUUAGCUGGCCUGUCGAAGCUGUUUCUUGGGUUGUGUCUGCUGUUGCAUGCUUCUGGCAUCUAGGACCCACAGGAUAUUCUCUCCCUGCACUCUGAAGCAGACGAUGGAGAAGACAGGGAAGAAUUCUGGGGGGCCAUCUGUAAUUUCAAAAGGAAUAACGAAGAAACCAUUUGAAUGUAUAGAGUGUGGAAAGAGCUUCAGUCAAAGUGGAAACCUCAGAAAUCAUCAGCGAACUCACACAGGGGAGAAACCCUUUAAAUGUAUGGAGUGUGGAAAGAGCUUUACUGAAAGUGGGACACUUAGAAAACAUCAACGAACUCACACAGGGGAGAAACCAUUUAAAUGUAUGGAGUGUGGAAAAAGCUACACUGAAAGUGGGACACUUAGAAAACAUCAACGGACGCACAGAGGGGAGAAACCCUUUAAAUGUAUGGAGUGUGGAAAGAGCUUCAGUGACAGUGGGAAACUUCGACUACACCACCGAACUCACACAGGGGAGAAACCCUUUAAGUGUAUCGAGUGUGGAAAGAACUUCACUGAAAGUGGGACACUUCAACUACAUCAUCGAACUCACACAGGGGAGAAACCCUUUAAAUGCAUGGAGUGUGGAAAAAGCUACGCUGAAAGUGGGACACUUAGAAAACAUCAACGAACUCACACAGGGGAGAAACCCUUUAAAUGUAUGGAGUGUGGAAAGAGCUUCAGUGACAGUGGGAAACUUCGACUACACCACCGAACUCACACAGGGGAGAAACCCUUUAAAUGUAUGGAGUGUGGAAAGAACUUCACUGAAAGCGGGACACUUCGACUACAUCAUCGAACUCACACAGGGGAGAAACCAUUUAAAUGUAUGGAGUGUGGAAAGAGCUUCAGUCAAAGUGGAGACCUUAGAUAUCAUCAGCGAACUCACACAGGGGAGAAACCAUUUAAAUGUAUGGAAUGUGGAAAGAGCUUCAGUCGAAGUGUAUAUUAUAGAAUACAUCAACGCACUCACACAGGGGAGAAACCCUUUAAAUGUAUGGAGUGUGGAAAGAGCUUCAUUGACAGUGGGAAACUUCGACUACACCACCGAACUCACACAGGGGAAAAACCCUUUAAAUGUAUGGAGUGUGGAAAGAGCUUCAUUAACAGUGGGAAACUUCGACUACACCACCGAACUCACACAGGGGAGAAACCCUUUAAAUGUAUUGAGUGUGGAAAGAGCUUCACUGAAAGCUGGACACUUCGACUACAUCAUCGCACUCACACAGGGGAGAAACCCUUUAAAUGUAUGGAGUGUGGAAAAAGCUACACUGAAAGUCGGACACUUAGAAAACAUCAACAAACUCACACAGGGGAGAAACCCUUUAAAUGUAUGGAGUGUGGAAAGAGCUUCAGUGAAAGUGGGAAACUUCAACUACACCACCGAACUCACACAGGGGAGAAACCCUUUAAAUGUAUGGAGUGUGGUAGUAGCUUCAGUCGAAGUGAAAUUCUUCGAGUACAUCAACGAACUCACACAGGGGAGAAGCCAUUUAAAUGCUUGGAGUGUGGAAAGAGCUUCAGUAGCAGUUCAAAACUUAGGAGACAUCAACGAACUCAUACAGGUGAGAAACCAUUUAAAUGUACAGAAUAUGGAAAGAGCUUCAGUCAAAGUGGACACUAUAAAAUACAUCAACGAAUUCACAUGGGUGAAGCCAUUUAAAUAUGGAGUGUGGAAAGAGCUUCAGUAAGAAUGGAAACCUUAGAAUACAUCAACGAACUCACAUGGGUCAGAAACCCUUUAAAUGUAAGGUGUGCGGAAAGUAAUGCAGGUAACGUCUUAAAAUCGUAGAAUGCAAGAUGCAAUGUUAGGGAGGGGUGUGUGUAUCUGGAGAGCUGGUGUUGAGUAAUGAUGGGCUGAGAGUCAUAUGAUUUUUGGUCUUUGGUUGAGAGAUUGGAAAUGUUCAUGGUUGAAGUUGGGAUGUGAAAAGUGGAGUGUGAGACUUGUUGUGUUGCUUUGGAUGCACAGUUGGUUAAUAUACGAAGAGUCACAUAACUCCCAUUGUUAUAAUUGCAAUAAAGGAACAAUGAAGACACAGAAAUCUGAAAGCAUCUUAUUGCAUGCAGGCAAUAGUCUUGAAACCCUUGUAAAUAGUUCUUAUUGUAUGACUUUUUUAAAAAAACAAUUUUUAUUAGAUUUUCACUUUCAAACCAAUCAUAUCAUAUCAAUUAUUCCAAAUUAUACAAAUACAUAUCUAUUAAACCAAAUAUUAUGCCAAAUCUUUUUUUUUUACUUUCCAUGCUUCAAAGUCUGAGGAUUCUGAGUAUCAUUAUAGUCCAAUAUAAUCCCGAUCUUUCCCAACAAGUCUAUUCUUAUUUUUCUUUCUCUUGUCAUAGCUUCUGAGAUGAUUUCAAACAAGAUUUAACACAAAGUCACUGUUUCUGUGAGGAUUUUCUGUCCAGCCUCCCCAUAAAUCCUUGCAUUCCUUUUUCAAACUGAGAUGUUUCCCAACAGUCCAACACGAGCAGUCGCCAUCUUAACGAUCCCAUAACUCAUGUCCCGGCUUCUGCUCAAUAAAUCCACCAAUUGCAGAAUUGCAGCUUUAUCAGGUGAGUGUCAGCCAAAAAUAAACCAUUAACACAUUUCUUAUCACAGACUUAUGGCUCUCCUUGCCCUUUAACUUCUACUCCGCUCUCCAUGUUUGCAGGCUUAAUUAAAAAGUGUGUCACAAGUAAUUCCAGUAAAUCCUCUUAAAACUGUUCACAAAGAAUUUUAACGAGCUCCAGCAGUUGGUACAUCCUUGUUGUUGUUUAGUCGUUUAGUCGUGUCCGACUCUUCGUGACCCCAUGAACCAUAGCACGCCAGGCACUCCUGUCUUCCACUGCCUCCUGCGGUUUGGUCAAACUCAUGUUCGUAGCUUCGAGAACACUGUCCAACCAUCUUGUCCUCUGUCGUCCCCUUCUCCUAGUGCCCUCAAUCUUUCCCAACAUCAGGGUCUUUUCCAAGGAUUCUUCUCUUCUCAUGAGGUGGCCAAAGUAUUGGAGCCUCAGCUUCACGAUCUGUCCUUCCAGGGAGCACUCAGGGCUGAUCAAUGCCUUGUCGUGGCGAAGGGGCUUGAAUAACUCAGAGAAGCUAUGAGCUAUGCCAUGCAGGGCCACCUAAGAUGGACAGGUCAUAGUGGAGAGUUUUGACUAAACGUGAUCCACCUGGAGAAGGAACUGGCAAGCCACUCCAGUAUCCCUGCCAAGAAAACUCCAUGGACAAAGACAACAGGUACAUCCUUAGGGAGGCUUUAAUCUUACAGACUUAGCAAAACCUCUUUGAAUAGAUCAUCUAUUGUGUAUACUCCAACAUCUACACAGUUUAUUUUUAUAACUUCUUGUUUGUUCUAAAUACUUCGACCGUCCAUAGGGAAGGUGUUAAGUGUCAUCUUGAAAUAUAUAAAUAAAAAGAAAUUCACUUCCCUUUUUGUUCAGUCCAGCGUAUCAUUUUCUUUCUUUAAUAUGGUGUUUCCUUGACUCUCUUAUCACUCAGAGGCUAGAAUUUCUGGCAGUAUCUUCCUCCCCAUGAUUUGAAGCAUGUCCAUAAAUUUAAAUCCAAUUAUUCCUCUUAAAUCAUGGAACUCGCGCUUGAACAGGGUGGCCUCCAGGAGUUCCGGCCCCCAUGGGUGCUCGGCCCAGGCCCCCCCACCCCCUCAAAAGGUUGGGGUGGGUUAAGGGGCAUCUGCGGGCCAGCGGCCCCUCCCGUCGCCCCAGGAGGGUGGGGAGGCUGCUUUACUCCCCCAGCAGCCGCCAGAUUCCCCCAUGGGGGUCGGGAGAGAUGACCACCGUUGACCACCGAGCGUGCCGCCUCCGUGGGAUGUGCCAGCAAUGAGGAGGAGGAGGAGGAAGAAGAGGAGGCGGCACCUGCCCCUCUGGCUCCCACCACGGCCGCCACAAGCCCCAGGCUGCCCUUGGAGCUGUCUCCCCUGGUGGCAGGGAGGGGGACGGGGACAGCCAGGCUGAGGCCAGGCUCCAAGCUGCCUCCUCCUCCUCCCCCCCGCCUCUCCCGAUGGCGCUCAUGGAGUCCCGGGCCAGCAGAGUCACUCCAAGCAGCUUCUGCGCAGGCACACCUUAUUAUCCCUCUUAAAAGAAUAAAGACACAAUAAUCUUUCCUUAAAAAGUAACACAAAUUUUACUCACAUUUCAUUUCACAAUCUGAUCCCAGAAAGGCUGGCUUUACUUAGUAGUUACAUAAUAAUCUGUGAGUUCAUCUCACAUGGAGACUGAGCUCAUGUGCUGCUGGCUGAGAGCCAGCAGACAGCAAAAUUACAUUAAGAUAACAUGGCUGCAGAAGAGCAGCUUGGCAGCAAGAGAGAGAUUGAGGUUGAAUCCUGACAAAACAGAUGUACUGUUUUUGGGGGACGGGUCGGGCAGGUUUGGCGAAUUCCUGGUCCUGAAUGGGGUAAGUGUGCCCCUGAAAGACCAGGUGCACAGCCUGGGAGUCAUUUUGGAUUCACAGCUGUCCAUAGAGGCACAGGUC